GAGGGCCUAAUCCCAUUCCCAUUCACCGAUUGCCUCUUUGAAGUUUCUGUAAACUUCAGAGGGAGCGGAUGGAUAAUCACACUGAGAGGGACGCGAACGGCGGCGAAAUUGAGGGGUGCGAUACGGCGGCGGAAUGGCCGUUCUCCGAUGACAGGGAUUCUGUAACGGUGACGCUUGAGGAGCCGCUGUUGCGGACCAAUACUGCCAGGAUUAGUACUACCUCUCAGCUCGCCAUUGUUGGUUCUAAUGUCUGUCCAAUCGAGAGCCUGGACUACGAGAUUAUUGAGAAUGAUCUUUUCAAGCAAGACUGGAGGUCCAGAACAAAGAUUGAGAUAUUUCAGUAUAUUAUCCUCAAAUGGACACUGUGCCUUCUCAUUGGUUUAUUUACAGGGCUUGUUGGAUUUUCCAACAACAUAGCUGUUGAGAAUAUUGCUGGUGUGAAACUUCUGAUGACCAACAGUCUCAUGCUCAAGCAAAAGUACUAUCAGGCAUUUGCAGUAUAUGUUGCUUCCAAUGUUGUUUUAGCUGUUGCUGCUGCAGCCCUCUGUGCCUAUAUUGCUCCUGCUGCUGCAGGUUCUGGCAUACCUGAGGUGAAAGCAUACCUAAAUGGUAUAGAUGCUUAUUCUAUAUUGGCUCCAAGUACCUUAUUUGUGAAGAUUUUUGGUUCAAUAUUUGCUGUUGCUGGUGGAUUUGUUGUGGGUAAGGAAGGACCCAUGGUUCAUACUGGUGCAUGCAUUGCCUCAUUACUAGGACAAGGAGGUUCUCGCAAAUACCGCUUGACUUGGAAGUGGCUCAGAUACUUCAAAAAUGAUAGGGACAGGCGGGAUUUGAUCACCUGUGGUGCAGGAGCUGGUGUAGCAGCUGCCUUCCGUGCUCCAGUUGGUGGCGUUCUCUUUGCACUUGAAGAAGCAGCUUCAUGGUGGAGGAGUUCUCUUCUCUGGAGGACCUUUUUCACUACUGCUGUUGUAGCCGUUGUCUUGAGGGGUUUCAUGGCAAUUUGCCGAGGGGGAACAUGUGGGUUAUUUGGUGAAGGAGGUCUCAUCAUGUUCGACAUCCAUACAGAAAAUUCCAAUUAUGGCACUCCAGAUCUUAUUGCAAUUGUCUUACUUGGAGUUAUUGGCGGUGUGUUCGGAAGCCUUUACAACUUCCUCGUGGAUAAGGUCCUCCGAACCUACAGCAUCAUAAAUGAGAGAGGUCCUGGAUGGAAAGUUAUCCUUGUUGUUGCCGUUUCCAUAUUGACAACCUGUGUCUCAUUUGGUCUUCCUUGGCUCUCGCAAUGUUUACCUUGCCCACCUGACUUGGACGAUCAAUGCCCAACCGUUGGUCGCUCGGGAAACUACAAGAACUUCCAAUGCCCACCUGGCCAUUACAAUGAUCUUGCUUCUUUAUUUUUCACCACCAAUGAUGAUGCCAUCCGGAACCUGUUCACAUCUGCUAUUGACAAGCAAUUUCAGCUCUCCUCACUUUUUAUCUUCUUUGCUGCUAUCUAUUGUCUUGGCAUUAUUACUUAUGGCAUCGCUGUGCCCUCAGGGCUCUUCAUACCAGUAAUACUGGCAGGAGCUUCUUAUGGUCGCAUUGUAGGGAGAUUAUUUGGUUCGGUUGCUGAUGCUGAUCUUGAUGUCAGUCUCUAUGCCCUUCUUGGAGCUGCUUCAUUUCUUGGUGGCACUAUGAGAAUGACUGUUUCCCUAUGUGUCAUACUCCUUGAGCUUACUAAUAACCUUUUGAUGCUCCCAUUACUAAUGCUUGUUCUUCUAAUUUCAAAGACGGUGGCGGAUUUUUUUAAUAAAGGUGUCUAUGAUCAGAUUGUGAAGAUGAAGGGACUACCUUUUAUGGAAGCCCAUGCUGAACCAUACAUGAGGCAACUGAUUGCUGGGGGCGUGGCUUCUGGUCCCUUAAUUACACUCUCUGGGAUCGAAAAGGUCGAAAACGUAAUGCAAGCUUUGACAAUGACAAACCACAAUGGGUUUCCUGUAGUUGAUGAACCGCCAUUCUUGGACAGUUCAGAACUUUGCGGGCUUGUUCUGAGGUCUCAUCUGCUUGUUUUGCUUAAAGGAAAAAAGUUUACAAAGCAAAGGGUGUCAAUUAGAUCAGGCAUCAUGGGAAGCUUCAAAGCACAUGAUUUUGCAAAAGCUGGUUCUGGCAAAGGGGUGAAACUGGAAGAUUUGGACAUUGACGAGGAGGAGAUGGAAAUGUUUGUUGAUCUUCAUCCCAUUACAAAUACGUCGCCCUACACCGUAGUAGAAACAAUGUCGCUAGCUAAAGCAGCGAUUCUCUUUCACGGGCUCGGCUUGAGACACUUGUUGGUAGUUCCAAAGACACCCGGGAGGCCUCCAAUCACUGGAAUCCUUACACGUCACGACUUCAUGCCCGAGCAUGUUCUAGGACUUUACCCCCACCUCAACCCCCACAAGUAGAGCAAGCAAGGUUCCUCUUUAUUGGGGAUAAAAUUUCUGGGUUUUUCCAUUCUGUUGGAAAAUUUUGAAGCUCCAUAGAAGAAAAUCUAUGAAAUGAGGUACACAACUGGAUAAACUGGAACUGUUUAGUGUGUUUAUUUCCCCCAUUUUUUACAUUUACAUGUCAAUAUCAACUCAUUCAAUCAUUAUUUAUAUUAGCAAUCUUUCCCUCGGUUUGGGCUGGUGCUCUCGAGUAUGAAAUAAAGUGGCAUUUGUAAUUAUCAUAUCAUGUAAACAAUUAAUUUUUUUUAGAUUGUAUUGUUUUAUUUUAUCCAAUUAUCCAUCUCUUUAUGUUA